AUGACUCAACACAUUAGGAUCGAUUAUGGGAUGACCGAAGGGAAGGCAACACCAACAAUAAUGUAUGAGGACAAUGCUGCAUGCAUAGCUCAGCUUAAAGACGGAUAUAUCAAAGGAGAUAGGACGAAGCAUAUCUUGCCAAAGUUCUUCUUCACUCAUGAAUUACAGAAAGUCGGAGAGGUCCAAGUGGAACAAGUUCAAUCAUGUGACAAUUUGGCGGAUCUAUUCACCAAGUCGCUUCCAACCUCUACGUUCAAGAAACUUACACAUCAAAUUGAAAUGCGCCGGUUGAAAGAUCUUCAGUGA